UCUGGCACGUUGUAUAGAAGUCUGUAGAAGUGUGUGCUCACCACGUGUUCCCGCUUCUCUCUUUCUUGAUUUUUUAUUUUAUAUACAGAAAAAAAAUCAAACCUGCUUCGCAUGAACAAUGGAGAUGAUAGAUGAUAGGAAUGAGAUACUAAAUUGUUAUCCUUCACAUUGCACUGAAUAUCCCUACCUCGGCAGAUUCGUCGCAAGAAAGGAUGAUAUUACCUUCAGGUAUCAAUUUGUGAAGAAAUUUUGUGGUCUUGACAAUUGCGCCGACAAUAAUCCUAACAUAUAUAAGUAUGUCGACUAUAUAUCUGGGAUACCUAAACAUUUUCCAAACUAUGGAGCAGAUCUUCCACAAACGUUCGUUAUGAAAAAUUAUGGCGUGGAUAUCUCAAUAUCCCCAUGGCGAGAGGAAGCAGAAGUUGAUUAUACACCAAGGGAUAUUAGGAACAAAAAUAUCAGUAAUUAUAUCGACAUCGCGUUUGAUACAUGUGCAUAUCCAGUCAGAAUUUCUAUAUACGAAAUAUAUAAUCCUGGAAAUGUAAUUAAAAUUUGGGCUCAAAAACCUAGUGGUCAAUGGGAUCUAUUGUGGAAGGGAUCGCCUCAGAUUGUGCCCCAGACAUCAAGACUAUUUUCGCCACCAUUGCGAAAGUGUAACUUCAAAACCAGAACGUUCAGACUGGAAUUUAAGAACACCAUAAUGAAUUAUGAAACAGCGAUAGAUGCUGUGAUGUUUAUUGGAACAUCGAAAAAGAUCUAUUCCAAAAACUUUGGAGAGAGUUUAACUGAUCUGCUAAAAAGAAUAAACUGCACAGCUCUUCAUCAGGAGGAUGUUUAUAAUUUGACACCAGAUUAUAAAAAUGCACACUCGGAUAUAUGCACUCUUCGAAUGAAUGUUUCUGAAUAUUGUAUUAUUUAUGAAAGAAAUAUAAAAGAAGUUUCCAGAAAAUGUUAUGGGGAAAAAUGUUAUCAUGAUUACAAACGUACAAAAGUAUCUUGGAAAGACAUCCCUGAUUAUGUUUCCAGGAUAUUAUCUUCAAAACAUCAUAAUCAGAAAUUAUCAAAAAAUGAUCUUGGUUCUUCAAAGCGUACAAAACUCUCUUCGGAUGAAUCCAGAAAGCUGUCACAUUACAGUUUAUCUAUCUUUCCUGAUGAAAUAUUACUAAAAAUAUUAAUGAACUUGGAUUUAAUGACAUUAUACAGCAUGAGCUGCGUAAAUAAGCGCUUAAAUAAGAUAGCACAGGACUCUAGACUUUGUACAUGUUUGAACGUGCGAAAUACCCGCGAUAUGCCUAUUAUUUAUAUUAAUAAUAUAUUUAAUUACUUUAUACCUAAAUGUAAAUAUUUGGAACGGGUAGAUUUUACACAUAGCGACUUUUCUAUUUCGCUUUUCGAAAAAUUUCUUAAGAAUUGCGGGAAGCAUUUAACACACUUACGAUUAGGUCAAUGCAGAUCUGUUAAUGAUCAUGUCCUACUCAAAAUUUCAACAAUAUGCAAAAAAUUAAAAGAAUUAGAUCUAAGGGGAUGUCGAGACAUUACGGAAGAAGGCUUUUCAUAUCUCGAGAAUCUAGAUGGCCGGCUGGAACAUUUAAGUCUUGGUGUUACAUGUAUAACAUAUCAAACUCUUUGUAAAAUACUGCAAAAAAAUCAAGGAAUGCGUGAAUUAAAUUUGGAACGGUUCGAACGUGAUCUUACAUUUUCAUUUGAAUUUUCGGAAGAAGCCUUAGUGUAUUACGAAAGAGUCGCAUUAGAGUUGAGAAAUUCGUGUCGAGACUUGGAAAAAAUAAAUUUAGCAGGCGUAUUUCAUAUUACACCGCAAAGUAUUAAAAUCCUUGGUGGCUGUAAGAAUUUACGAAAAGUGAACCUUCGAAUCCCGUACAAUAUUGAUGAGUAUAACUACUGCAGGUUAUUUUCCUCCUGUCGAGAGUCCUUGGAAGAAGUCCAUUUGAGCAGGAUGCGGUUCACCGAUUACGUUUUGAGAUUACUAGCGCAGUGCAAAAACUUGAAACAGUUAUAUCUUUAUAGAUGUAACAUAGCGUAUAAUUCAUUUCUAACAUAUUCUAUCAUUUUCGAGCAAUGUCUCGAAUUGCAAAAAUUUCAUCUUGUGUGCUGCAAUAUUAGUCGCUGCUUGGCGAAGCAGUGGGAAAAGCAAUACCCACACGUGUCUGUUCUCGUAACCGAAACCCCGCGUAUACUCCCUCGCUUGAACUAAAGAUCAUUCUCUAAAAAAAGUGGAUUUUACUAUUAUUUGUUCCCCUCUAGACCAUACAACUUUUGACUGAUAUAUUAUUGACUGCUAGAUUCUCUCAGUUUUUGAUUAUAUACAGUGGCGUCAAAAUCAAACAUCGGAACAUUUCAAAUAUAUAUUAUUUCUUUCUUAUCAUAGUCAGUCAGUUAUAAUUUAUGUCGCAGGUUUUUUCUAAAUCUAAAAUAUAUAGUCUGUAAAACUAAUUUUCCUAAUGACAAUAAAUAUAACAUAAUAACGAUCUCUUAAACAUUUGCAGACAAUUCGAAUAUAUUUUAUAAAAAGGGUAAAAAAAUGUUUCUUUCUUAACAUACGAGCAACAAAGUAUAUGGUAAAAGUAACGAAUACACAGUGCACG